AUGGCGCAGGACACCCCUAGCGGGUCUGGCGGGGAGCAAGGCGAGCGCGCGGGGGAGGGGAAGGGCACGCACGCGCGGAUGGGCGCGGACGGGUGCUUCGUGCUGCGCACGGGCGCGUCGAUGCCGGCCAUCGGGCUGGGCACGUGGCUGGAGGGCGACGGCGGCGAGCAGACGCAGGAGGCGGUGCGCGUGGCGCUGCAGUGCGGGUACCGCAGCAUCGACUGCGCGCACCUGUACGGCACGGAGAUGGCGGUGGGGCGCGCGCUGGCGGACGCGUUCAGCGCGGGCGUGUGCACGCGGGACGACGUGUUCCUCGCGUCCAAGGUCUGGUGCACCACCUCCAACGCCAGCCGCGUCCUCCAGGCGUGCGAGCGGGCGUUGAAGAACCUGUGCGUGGCGCAGCUGGACCUGUUCCUGCUCUCAUGGCCGCUCGCCUCGCCGCUCAACCGCACGCCCGCCGACGCCACGGACCCGCCCGUGUCGUCCCCGCGGCGCGGGCAGGUGUCACUGAACGUGGCGGAGCUGUGGGCGGGCAUGGAGCAGCUCGUGGCCACCGGGCGCGUGAAGGCCAUCGGUGUGGCCAACUUCAGCGCGCCCAUGGUGCUCGACCUGCUGCACCACGCCCACGUGCAACCCGCCGUCGUUCAGGCGGAGAUCCAUCCACUGUGGCGGCAGGAGCAGCUGUUGUCAGUGUGCCAUGCGAAUGGCAUCCACGUGUCGGCACACACGCCACUGGGCACACCGGGGGUGGCACCACUGGCCCUGUCGUCACAGGAGCAGGCGGAGAUGAACCUCUGGAGUGUGCCCGCCCCCGCUGGCAAGGGGCGCUCUCGCACCGUGCAUGGGCCCAUGCUGCGCCACUAUGCCGUGCAGGACGUGGCUCAGCGGCAUGGCAAGACACCCGCUCAGUCACACGCAACCCACUCCCAACCCGCACUCAUGCACAUGCGUGGGCAGGUGAUCCUGCGGUGGGCGUUGCAGCGUGGCACGAGUGUGCUGCCAGUGAGUGUGAGGGAUCAGCGCAUCCGCUCCAACUACGAGCUACUGGACUGGUCCCUCUCAGACGCGGAGUGGGAGCGCAUGAGCGCCAUCGAGCCGCAGAUCCCGCUGCUUGGUCCCUGCCUCGCGCCCGCCUCGUCGCUGCCCAACAGCACCAGCACUGGUGGCCGCCCUGAGACGUUCCAAGAAGAGGAGGAGGAGGUGGCUGGGGAGGAGGGCGAUAAGGGCAAGGAGGGCCAGGGGUAA